ACCAGAAGCAGUUUGCCCUCAGCUGUCAAGGCCAGCAAUACACCUUCACUGUCCUACCUCAGACUUAAAGGGAACCAAUCCUAGAAGUGGAGGGGAGACCUCACUACCAUCAAGAAGAAGAGCCAGGAGCAGAAUGCAUCCUUUGAAACCAUAGUCCCAGUGCUGAGAACCUAUGAACCUCCAUGACCCAGGAGAGAGAGCAGUAACACCAAUAUUUGAAAGAUGCUUCAAAGAAGAUGAAAAAUGGGCUUAUGUUUGUAAAACUGGUUAACCCAUGUUCAGGGGAAGGAGCCAUUUACUUGUUUGAUAUGUGCCUACAACAGCUGUUUGAAAUAAAAGUUUUCAAGGAGAAACACCGUUCUUGGUUCAUAAAUCAAUCAGUUCAGUCAGAAGGUCACCUCCACUUUGCCACACCAAUGGACCCAUUAUUUCUGAUUCUCCACUAUCUUAUGAAGACUGAAAAAGAGGGAAAAUUCCAGCCCCUGGAUCAAGUUGUGGUGGAUGACACAUUUCCAAAUUGCACCCUGUUGCUGAAACUUCCUGAGCUUGAGAAGUUACUUGGCCACGUAACAGAGGAAAAAGAAAUAGACAGCAAAAAAUAUUACAAGUACAGCAAAGAGAAGACACUAAAGUGGCUGGAAAAAAAGGUGAAUCAGACUAUAGUGGCAUUAAAAACCAAUAAAAUAAAUGUUGGUGCCCGGGUACAGUCCGCUGCAUUUUUCCCAGGUGACCAAGCGUCGAGUGAUAAGGAAGAGGAUUAUAUUCGUUAUGCUCAUGGUCUGAUAUCUGAUUACAUUCCUAAAGAAUUAAGUGAUGACUUAUCUAAACACUUAAAGCUUCCAGAACCUUCAGCUUCAUUGCCAAACCCUCCAUCAAAGAAAAUAAAGUUGUCUGAUGAGCCUGUAGAAGCAAAAGAAGAUUAUACUAAGUUUAACACUAAAGAUUUGAAGACUGAAAAGAAAAAUAGCAAAAUGACUGCAGCUCAGAAGGCUUUGGCUAAAGUUGACAAGAGUGGAAUGAAAAGUAUUGAUAGCUUUUUUGGUGCAAAAAACAAAAAAAAAGAUUUGAAACUUUGAAGAUAAAAUGUAGCAAAACUUUGUUUUUGCUUUUUACAUGUUCCAUUUUCGUCCUUCUUCCAUGCCACUAUACUUCCUGAUCUUUAAUGGUUGCCUUUUGGGGAGAAACCAAAAAAAACAAAACAAAACAAAAAAAUGUCAACCAAAGAAGCUGAAGGACAGUUUUCAUAUUGACUUGAACAUUCUUUGUAUUUGAUUUUUGUGUUCCUGAACAAAAUAUGGGAAAGUAAUUGUGUAACUUCGUGGCUUGUGGCCUUUGGAGUCUUGUUUGACAUAAUGAAAAGUAAUCAGGUAAAUAGAAUUAACAUGUAGUAGCAUAAUUCCCUCAAUAAAAUGACAUGUGAUGGUA